AUGACGAAUGGUCCAGCUGAGAAUUUAACAUUUUUAAAUGGACUCAACGAGAACCAAAGACAGGCAGUCACUGCACCGGCCAAUGGUCGUCUUCAAAUAAUCGCUGGUCCAGGGACAGGAAAGACGAAAGUUUUGACGUCACGAGUGGCACAUCUACUUCUUGUGGAGAAAAUUAAACCAGAGCAUAUCAUUGUAACUACAUUUACGAAAAAGGCAGCCAAUGAGUUGGUGGAGAGAUUACAAGCUUUAUUAAGAGCUCACAGCGACAUCAAUAUUUCAAAUUUAUUGGUGGGUACAUUUCACAGUUUAUGCUAUCGAAUUAUCAAGAAAUUUGGGUCCAAAAUUGGUGUUGGUGGGUAUUCGAUUGCCGAUGAGAGAGACAAGGACCACUUGUUGAGGGAGGUUUUGGAGAAGGAGCUACCUGCAGAAGUCAUCAAGUACAUACGCGAGGCACCUAUUAAAGAAACCAUUGUGUUAAAAUCCAACAAACAAAACGAAAAACAUCAUGGCAUUGACUUGUCUAAGUUGAAGCGGCAGAUUUCAAAACUUAAAUCGCAAGGUCAUUUGCCUGAGAGUUAUCGAAAUGUUAAAGAUUAUAACGAAUGUUUGCAUUUGCUUUAUCGAGCAUAUCAAUCAAAGCUCGCUCAAGAAGGGAAACUUGAUUUUGAUGACUGUUUGUUAACUUGCUAUACCUUGGUGACAAAGUACCCGGUUCUUCAUUUCGUCAAGCACGUUCUUGUGGAUGAAUUUCAGGACACAAAUGAUAUACAACUUCGUUUGAUGUACCAAUUUGCCAGUGGAAGCGUUAUAAACCCAAAGUUUCAAAAUAAUGUCACUAUUGUUGGAGAUCCCGACCAAAGCAUAUACGCAUUUAGAGACGCACAGUCAAAGAAUUUUACGCUAAUGAUUGAACAUUACUCGAGGCACAACUUGCCAUGUACAGUCAUUGCAUUGAACCAUAACUACAGAUCCACAAAGGAUAUCUUACUGGUAUCGGAACAAUUGAUGAGACAGCAAGAAGACCGGCAGGUGAAAAAUUUGGUGUCUCAAUUCAAAGACUCGAUAAAACCCGUUUACCAGAGUUUGAAAUCGGCUGAACAGGAGGCUAAAUGGAUUGCGUAUCAGAUUGAGUUCUUAUUAGCACUACCCAACACAAUGUUUAAACCUUGCGAUAUUGCAAUUUUGUUUCGUGCCGCGUUUCAAACUCGUGCAGUAGAGACUGAAUUAGUGAGAAGGAAAAUUCCGUAUUUCAUGGUGCGAGGUAAAGCGUUUUGGGAGCGGAAAGAAGUUGUUGCUAUUAUAGAUUAUUUACGAGUUUGUGGUGAUGAAGAUGAUAGAAUAUCCAUAUCUCGUACAUUAAAUUUUCCCAAACGUGGGUUAGGAGCAAAGACUCUCGAGUCAGUAGAUGAAGCUAUCGUGAAAGGGAAACAAUCUGGUAUAUCUCCUUAUGAAGCACUCAAGCUCUUGGCUGACGAUAAAAAUACGCAUUUGAAAUUACCACUUCGUGCUAGAAGUAGCGUGGCCAAAUACGUGCAAAUGAUUGACAAAGCAAAGGUAAUAUUGCAAAAAAUUGAACCGAGUACCCUUGGUUGUGACAGAAACUCUUUAGCAUCCCAAUUAUUCGAGCUCAUAUAUGGAGAAUCGGGUCUCAAGACUGAAUUCCUGGACAACGAAGAGCAAGUUUUGAAUAUCGAUGAGGUAAGAAACCAAUUUUGCAUAUUUGAACCGCAGGAUGAAACAAUUUUGGGUAAUACUGAAGAUGAGCAAUCUGUUGAUGAGAGGAACUUUAUAGUACAAUUUGUUGAAUCGGUUGGAUUGUAUGCAACCAACGACAAGGAGGAUGAGAAAUCUGCCACUAGUCUGAAAGUAUCGUUGAGUACUAUCCACGGUGCCAAGGGUCUUGAAUGGCCAGUGGUCUUUGUACCUGGUUUGUCUGAAGGGUUACUACCGGCAGGAUUCGCAAUGGCUGGAACUGAUUCAAGUGCCAUCGAUGAAGAAAGGCGCUGCUUUUAUGUUGCAUGCACGAGAGCCAAGUUAUUGCUCUAUAUAUCUUCCUAUGUGGAGUCAAGUUCGAAUAAUUCUUGGAAACAGCCAAUAGAUUGUGAGUCUAGGUUUGUUAGGGAACUUGCUGAGCUUAAAGUGUUUGAUAAAGUACAGCCUGGGUUGAAGAACAUGAAAGAGUUUAAGCAUUUAUGCUCGUUACUUGGAAUACAAGAUGGCAACUUUGUUAAUGACCAGGUUGAGCAAUUGUUUCAUACAUAUGCCAAAAACUGGAAAAUGUAUUCGAUCAAUGAUACAUUUUCUGCCACUACGCUGCCUGGAGAGGCCGUUUUAGGAGGAUUUGAAAAAGCCCUGGGGUUAGGCCUGAAUAUGAACUCAAGGAAGAGAAAGCACACAUUUAGCUCACCAUUAAUAUCAGAUUGUAAAAAAUUUGAUGGUACUGGUGAUGACAAACUCGGGACUAAACUGCUACUGACUGUGCCUAAUUUAAAAAGAAACAAAGCUCCUCCUUAUAUCCCGGUACGCAAGGUAAAAUCUAAUUCAUUGGGAAUGAAAAGGUAG